UUAAAACAGGAAAACGCGAAAUGAUACAGUAGAGAGAAUUUUUUAUGUUUAUGGAUAUAACUUGGAAACCGAUAUCUAUAUGAGAAUCUGCCUUAAGACUGCGUGAGGUUUCAUGGAAACAUAAAAGGAGCACUGUUGAAUUGAGAUCUUAGGUUAUACUAGAUCGAACGAUGUGAUUUUGUAUUAAAAUUACAUAAAGUGUUUGUAAUAAAUAAUAAAUAAAUCAAUGAUAUCUAUAAAGAAGAUAACGAAAAAUGUUAUAGGCAAAUAUCUUUCACGUUUUCAUUAUACGGAAACACGUAAAAAAAAAUCCUUUAAUACUGAGCUCACCAUGUCGCCCAUUCCAGCAGAAGUGCGCCUACAGGUUUUAGGCUCUGGAUCUGUGGCAGGAAGCACUUGUUUAAUUUUAAUCACGGAUCAUAACAGAUAUUUGUUCAAUUGCGGUGAAGGGGUACAAAGAUUAUCAAGUGAAUACAGAAUUAAAUUGAGCAAAGUACGGCGUAUAUUUAUUACGUCUGCAAUAUGGAAAAAUUUGGGUGGAUUGCCAGGAGUAGUAUUAUCAAUAACAAAUAUGAAUGAAGAGUCAAAAACUGUAUCUAAUAACAAUUUAAAAGUUACUUCUCCUGGAGAAACUAAACAAAUGUUAAAUAUGUUGAAGGAAUGUAACAUUCUAAAAAAAAUGAAAGUUUCUGUGGAUGAAUUGGAUAAAAUUACAGAAUAUAAUGAUAACGUGAUGACCGUUUCGUGUAUUCCAAUAUAUCCGAUUAUGGAUAAUAAACAUAAACAUGUAUCUGAAAAGAUAACGGAUAAUGAAAUAGAUAAUGAUACUUGUCAUAUCAAUAAAAAAAGAAAAAAUAAUGAAAUUAGAAUUGAGAAAAGAAUGAAAUCGUCAGAAAAAGAUACUUUACCUGUGCUGUCCUAUAUUUGUAAAUUAAACGACAGGCUAGGUACUCUAUGUUUAGAGAAAUGCCUUGAUAAAGGCAUAAAACCUGGUCCUAUAUUAGGACUACUUAAAAAUGGUACAAAUGUCACUUUAGAUGAUGGGACCAUUGUAAAACAUGAGGAAGUAUGUCUUCCAAGUGAAAAGGGUUCAAUAUUUUUAGUUGUUGACUGUCCAAGUGAAAAAUAUUUAGAUUCAUUUGUAGAUCAAACUGCUUUUGCAAUGCAUCAAAAAGGAGUUUCCAAUAAGGAUGAUAAGCCAUAUUGUAUAAUACAUUUUACACCACAGGAAAUAAUUGAUAAUGUAAAAUAUAAAAAAUGGAUGAAUAAGUUCGAUUCAAGUACUUAUCAUCUAAUAAUAAAUGAAAACAACACUUGCUUGGGUAGUGAGGCAAUAUUCAAACAACAAUAUAUGUUGAAUGUAUUACAUCCUAAAAUAUUUCCUUCUUUGCAGUCGAAUUGUUUUCAAAAUAAGUUAAAUGUAGAAUGUCAGAAUGUAAAUACAGAAGAAGAAAAUAGUCCACAAAUAUAUUAUGCCAAAACAUUACAAACUAUUGAGUUGAGACCUAAUAAGAAAUUCGGUACGGAGAAUACAAUCUCAAUUGAUCAAAAAAGUUAUAUGGAUGAACUAUAUAAAAUAGAUGAUUUUCCUAAAAUCCUGGAAGAACUUCACUCUAAUAUUGAUGAACAAACAAAAAUAGCACUUAAUACGGACGAAUAUCCUAAAUUUGUUAUGUUAGGUACUGGAUCUAGUAUACCUAGUAAAAUUAGGAAUACAAGUGCUAUUCUUGUGAGAAUAAACGAAGAUACUAGUAUAUUAUUAGAUUGUAGCGAAGGAACAUUGUGUCAGAUGGGACGUGUUUAUGGUCUGACUGAAUUAAAUCAUAUCCUGACUACAAUAAAGGCAAUUUAUAUUUCUCAUAUGCAUGCGGAUCAUCAUUUGGGUUUGAUGGGGAUAAUAUUAGCAAAAGCAAAAAUCACAAAAGAUCCUAUUUUUGUAUUAAUACCAGACAUUCUUCAGUCAUGGUUAAAUUAUUGUUAUGAAUUUCAUGAAUCCAUUAAGGAUUCUGUUAUAUCAAUAUCAAAUUAUGAUCUAUUGGCCUUUAGACCUAAUAGAACAAAAGUAAUGACCCUUAAAAGAGAUCUGUGUACAAAAUUGAAUAUUAAGGCAAUUGAUACUGUCUUAGUAAGGCAUUGCCAUGACUCUUAUGGAAUUGGUUUGGUCUUUAAUAAUAAUAAAAAAAUUGUCUAUAGUGGUGAUACUAUGCCUUGUAAUAGCAUAAUACAACUAGGUAUGAAUUGUGAUUUACUUAUUCAUGAAGCAACUAUGCAGGAUGAAUUAUCAAGAGAAGCAAUAUUUAAAAAACAUUCGACCAUGUCCGAAGCCAUCCAAAUUGGCGAGAAAAUGAAUUCAGGUUUUACUUUAUUAACACAUUUUAGUCAAAGAAAUACGAAAUUACCAAUCAUUCCUGAAAAUACCCAUCUUGAUCUAAGCAAAGUCGGUAUAGCAUAUGAUCACAUGCACUUUAAUUUGUUACAACUUAAAUUUCUUUCUCUUUUACAUCCCUGCCUAAAGACUAUAUUUCAUAAUUAUAUGAUACUAACGGAAGAACGUAUACUAAAAAAAUUACAAACUAAAAUCUAAAAAAUUACAAGGAUUAAGAUCUAAAAAAGGAUAAAAUAAAAUAUUAUCGUACACGAUGAAAUAUUUUUCUAAAUGCCUCAUUGAAUACCACAUUGCCAUUAUUAUUAUUAACCCUUUUGGUAUAUAGUUGCUUGAAUAGUUUCAAUUUAUAUACAAUAUCGAUAUAUUAACCUAUCGAAAACAUAUUUCCUUAUAAGUAAAAACAAGCUUUGUUGAUGUAAAAUGAAGUUUAUAGUUUUCAUGCUGUAAUCCUUAAAUACUCAGUAUCAU